AUACAAGCUGUGCGCAUCGAUAACUGUGUACUGCGUAUCGAUAAACAAAACAAAACAGCUGAAACGCCACACGUGCAAUAUUUAUGUUAAAAUUUGCACAAAAAUGAAGCCAAAAAAGAAGUUGGGUGUUGGUCUGAGUCGUGAGGAGCGACAGGUGCUUGUUAUCGGGGAAAUAAUUCAAGAGCUGCUCGCCGCACACGAAGCCAAGAAGGAUGUCAAUUUGAAUCGCAUGAAGUCGCUGGUGGCGUCCAAAUAUGGCCUGGAUAGCUCGCCACGACUGGUGGACAUCAUAGCAGCAGUGCCGCAGGAUGCCAAAAAGAUACUUUUGCCCAAGCUGCGGGCCAAGCCCAUUCGCACAGCGAGCGGCAUUGCUGUCGUUGCUGUUAUGUGCAAACCACAUCGUUGUCCACACAUCAAUAUGACGGGUAAUAUAUGCGUGUAUUGCCCUGGCGGUCCGGACAGCGACUUUGAGUACUCCACGCAGUCGUACACGGGCUAUGAGCCCACCUCCAUGCGUGCCAUACGCGCACGCUACGAUCCCUUUGUGCAGACGCGACAUCGCGUGGAACAGCUGAAGCAGCUGGGCCACAGUGUGGACAAAGUGGAGUUCAUUGUGAUGGGCGGCACCUUCAUGUGUUUGUCGGAGGAAUAUCGCGAUUAUUUCAUAAGAAAUCUUCACGAUGCGCUCUCCGGUCACAGCAGCGCAAAUGUGGCCGAAGCGGUGCGCUACUCGGAGAAAUCUCGCACCAAGUGCAUUGGCAUUACAAUUGAAACACGUCCGGAUUACUGCCUCAAGCGGCAUCUGUCGGAUAUGCUGAAUUAUGGCUGCACUCGGCUGGAAAUUGGCGUUCAGUCUGUGUACGAGGAUGUGGCCAGAGACACGAAUCGCGGCCACACGGUGCGCGCUGUGUGCGAGAGUUUCCAGCUGGGCAAAGAUGCUGGCUACAAGAUUGUGGCACACAUGAUGCCCGAUCUGCCCAAUGUGGAUUUUGAGCGGGAUAUUGAGCAGUUCAUAGAAUACUUUGAGAAUCCCGCUUUUCGCUCAGAUGGACUGAAGAUUUAUCCUACGCUGGUCAUACGCGGCACGGGCCUCUAUGAGCUGUGGAAGACGGGACGCUACAAGUCGUAUCCGCCCUCCAUGCUGGUGGAUUUGGUGGCCAAAAUCUUAGCGCUGGUGCCGCCAUGGACGCGGGUUUAUCGCGUGCAGCGUGACAUUCCCAUGCCGUUGGUUAGCUCUGGUGUGGAGCAUGGCAAUCUGCGUGAGCUGGCCCUCGCGCGCAUGAAGGAUCUGGGCACCACCUGCCGCGAUGUGCGCACCCGCGAGGUUGGCAUCCAGGAGAUACACAACAAAGUGCGACCCUACGACAUAGAGCUCAUCCGACGCGACUAUGUGGCCAAUGGUGGCUGGGAGACGUUCCUCUCGUAUGAGGAUCCCGAGCAGGACAUUCUCGUGGGUCUGCUGCGUCUGCGCAAGUGUUCCCCGGACACCUUCCGGCCUGAGCUCAAGGGGGAGUGUUCCAUUGUGCGGGAGCUGCAUGUCUAUGGCUCCGUGGUGCCGGUCAAUGCGCGCGAUCCCACCAAGUUUCAGCAUCAGGGUUUUGGCAUUCUGCUGAUGGAGGAGGCGGAACGCAUAGCCAUCGAGGAGCAUGGCAGCCGCAAGCUGGCGGUUAUCUCGGGCGUGGGCACACGCAAUUAUUACCGGAAGCUCGGCUACACGCUGGACGGACCGUACAUGUCGAAGAUGCUGUCGGAAUGAGUUUGUUUAAAUAUUUUAUCACGCCGUGGGAGCUGUAGGAUUUUCGCUACUUAACGCUAAUUCUGGGCCUUAAAAUAUAUACACAUAAAAUAUACAUAAAU